UUCCAUUGGCCGCCAUUCCCUUCCCCUAACCUCAACUAGGCGUACACCAAGAGGACAAAAGGCGGGCUCGCUGCAAACCCAAAUUAAGUGGGAGGUACCUGCCUGGAAGCAACCGAAAAGCGUCGUAGUCUGUUUGCGGUGCCGGUGGGAUUAAGUAGGCUGUGCGUAUCGAAAACUGUGGCACGUGCUGCAUCCGCUCGUAAACCAUCUAUAGAUCCAUUUAAAAAAAUUUCAAAAAUUUAAAAUAUUCAAAUAUUAUUACCCCAAAAGUGAACCAGUAAGAGUAUCUGUGCGGAUUGUUAUCAGGAAGUGUCAGAAAGGUUGUAAGAAUAAGUUGUAGGGAUUUGAAGCAGGAAAGUUGUAAAAAGUGCUGUGAAUUGUGACAGAAAUCAAUUUUCGGGGAUUGCAUUGUUUUGGUGACGAAUUGGUGCGCGUGUUUGGUGAUGUGCCAUGAGCUGCUCUGAAGUUAUGUACCAGGCGUACUAUCCGUAUCUGUAUCAGCGGGCCGGCGCCGCGCCGGCUCAUCCUGUGCCACGGGCAGGACCUUUUCCAUCGCCCUUCAGUGCUGCACAUCAAUAUGAUAGGUUUAAUGUCCAAAGAUUACAAGAAACAAGUCAUCCACUUAGUCAAGCAUCAGCGUCGGCGAGCGUGAACGUCCUGCCGUCGGGUCUGGAAUCCAGCAGCACAUCAGCCGGGGGCGGCAGCGCCGCCGGUGUUUAUGGUGGCGCGGCGCAUAGCACAGGCGGUUCCACCGUCGGAUCCACACCUAGUAGUCCACUCCGACCACACAAAGAAGAAGAACAGCAUGAUGAUUCAUCCGAAGAGGGGGCGGCAACACCGGGCGGCUCGCGUGCGCAGUACGUCUCCGCCAACUGCGUUGUCUUCACCCACUACCAAGGCGAUGCCGCCGCUGUCGUCGACGAGCACUUUUCACGAGCGCUAGAUAAAAACACGCAUGCAAAAGAUACGUCGCCGAUGUCGACGCGGAACUUCCCGCCGAGUUUCUGGAACAGCGCGCAGUAUGGCACGACGGGGGCGGGCGCGAGCGGCGGCGGCGACUUGUAUCAGGGCGCGGCGGGCGGCGAUCACUAUCACCCGGGCGAUUGGUAUCACCAGUACACGGCGGCGUCGCAUCGCGCCGUUCACGACUACCAUCACCACCACCACAAUAUGGCCGCGCAGUACGGGAGUCUAUUGCUGCCCGGCAGCCGCCUCCACAUGCCCGGGGCGCAGUGUAAAGCGAUGGACUGGCAGCAUCCAUCGCUGGAGAAUCCCUAUACCUCAUAUUCGACUAUGACCGGUUUAGAAGCACAGGUGCAGGAUUCCUCAAAGGACCUCUACUGGUUUUAGUGCUCCAACUAAACAAAGACAAAGUCUGUAUAGUGCUAAAUAUAAAAUUUGUUAAAAUGGGCAGUAAAAUACUAAUAUAUUUGAUUCUAAACGCGACGACGACAGUGAUGACAUUCAGUGGACUUUUCUACAAAAAAAAAAAUUCACCACCUACUUGAAACACCUUCAAUGUACAAAUGUUUCUGACUUGCAGCCGACGCGAAACGAUAGCGAAUCGUUACCUAAAACCUAAUAAUAAAUAAUCAGACACGUAUUAAGUUAUAUAAAUACUAGUUAAACGUAUACAUUUGUAGUUGAUAUGGAUUGAAUGUUCCUUAAAACUCCGAUGCGGAUUCAAAAAAUUGAUUUCUUUGAAUGACAUCAUUGCUAUGAUUAUGAUUAAUGAAAUUUUGAUUUUUUAGACAAUUUUUACAUCAAUGGCGUAUGUUUAAAACACUAAAACAUAAUUUCUGUAAAUAUUUCUUCUUUAAAUUAAAAAAAAAUCAAGAAAAUCAACGCCUUUAACUAAAUCAACAAAAGAAACACUUUGUAAAUAUGUUAAUAUGGCUAAUAUUCAGUAUACCCACACUAGUAGCGCUUAAAUUAUUGUAAACAAAGCUGGAAAUUUUGAAAUUUGAAAUUUUUGAAAUUUUUGAAGAUUUGCAGCGAUAGUGUGUAAAAUGUAAACAUAAACUUUAAACGACGAUAAUGUUGGCAAGUGAUAUAAGUUAGGGCCAUCGUUUUAUUCGACACACUGUAUUAUUAUAAUUAUGACUUAAUUGUAAUUCGAUUAGUAAACCUCUUACACAUUAUGAUAACUUCAAUCACGGCAACAAAACAGAAAACAGAAAUGAAUGUAAUUAUACCUACCUAUGCUGGAAAUAAGAGUGUAUGACUUGUAUAAAUGUGAAAAUGGUGACAAAACAUCCAAAACUUGGUUUAAUGUUUGUGCAAUAAAAACAAAAUAAAAACAAA